AUUAUAUUCUUACCCUGCAUCAAACGAUUCAAAGAAAGUGGGCAGUCAUCGUUGGGGAUUUGUUGGUGUAGAAAACGAACGCCGGAGAAAUUUCUUCGUUCUUCACCCAUCUCUCUCUUCUUCCACAGUGACAGAAAUCUAAUUAUCGGCUCAAUUCGGGUGCAUUUGGUGUAUCUGGGCGUCUUUCGAUAUUCCAAUAAGUCAAACUUAUUAGCAUGGCGUCUAGGCGGAACGUUAAUUAUACUCGUCUUCCCGACGAGGACAACGACUAUAUAGGCAAUGAAGGAAGAUAUGACCCGAGGUUCGAUUACUCACCAGCCAGCAUGGAUGAAAUCCCGUGGAAGUCCAUUGCGCUUGCGCUUUUUCUGCUUGUUCUUGGUUGUGGCCUUCUGUUUCUCUCGUUCUUCAUCUUCACGGGUCACAUGGGUGGUGACAGAUCACAAGCGUAUGGCCUGUUAGGGCUCGGGGCUCUCACCUUCCUCCCAGGCUUCUACGAGACUCGAAUUGCGUAUUAUUCAUGGAGGGGUGCACAAGGCUAUCGCUAUGCAGCCAUCCCUGGUUAUUAAGAAUUAAUUAUAUCUUCUUUCUGGCUGUAUAUUCAGGAUGUAACAUCAUACAUGCAUCACCAUCUUGUUAUUUAGAUUCAUAUUGUUUUCUUUAUAUUUGUGUGCUGAAAAUGAACAUUCUAAAACUUUAGAGAACCAAGAAUUUACGAUCUUCAGUUAAUCGUUAUGGGAAUGAAUAUAUAUGCUUUUGA